AUGGGAGCCUCUGAGAAUCCGAUCGGACCGAUGCCUCGUUGCACCACAUUUCCUUCAGCCACAGAGCUCCAUUCUGCGAAAUCGACACACCGGCUGAACCAGAUCGACCGCGUUCGAGCCAGCGGAAUAGGCGAUCACAUCCCCCUUCCUCAACUAGUCGUAUGCGGCGAUCAGUCCUCAGGGAAAAGUUCUGUAUUGCAAGGAAUCACCGGGAUUCCAUUUCCGCGAAAGGAUGGGCUCUGUACGCGGUUCGCAACAGAGAUCAUCUUACGUCACGACUCAACCAAGGAGCAGGUCUGCGCAACAGUCAUUCCUCAUGACUCCAGAAGUGAGAUCGAGAAACAGGACAUCUGCCGUUACCGUAGGGAGCUCCACGACUUUGAACAGCUACCGAUUGUGAUUGAGGAAGCAAUCAAGCUCAUGCAACUCCGCGGCGCAGAGGGUGUCAACAAAGGUCCAUCUUUCAGCGCCGACAUCCUGAGGAUCGAAGUGGUUGGCAAGACCGGGCUUCACCUGACGAUCGUCGACCUUCCCGGUCUCAUCUCAGUCUCCAAUGAUGAGCAAACCGAGGAAGACGUCGAGAUCGUUUCGGACCUAGUCAACACAUACCUCGAAAGCUCACGCACAAUCAUCCUUGCCGUGGUGCAAGCCAACAACGAUAUUGCGAACCAAGGCAUCAUUCAGAGGGCGCGAAAGUUCGAUCCGCAAGGUCAACGUACAGUUGGGAUCAUCACAAAGCCAGACCUGAUCAACCACGGCACAGAAGGCCGGAUCGCCGCCUUGGCCAGGAACGAGGACACCACCAAGUUGAAGCUUGGAUUCUUCUUGCUCAAAAAUCCCAGUCCACUGGAUCUUGACACUGGCCUUGGCGCAGACGAGCGGAGGCGCAGGGAGCUGGCCUUCUUCGCGGCCAGCCCGUGGAAGGAACAACACCUGGAUCCCGGCCGAGUCGGUGCAGAUGCACUUUCGGCUUUCCUUCAGAACCUGCUCGAUGCACACAUCGAGCGCGAACUUCCGAAAGUCCGACGCGAAGUUGAGGCCUUGUUGGCUCAGACCGAGCAGGACCUCGAGGCGAUGGGACAAGAAAGAUCGAAUGUAGGGCACCUUCGCAUGUUCCUUACAAGCUUCAGCAUGAAGUUCAUGGGCUUGACACAAGCGGCUCUUGAUGGCAAUUAUCUGGAAUUGGAACGUGAUCUCUCCACGAAGGACGACCUACUGGAUGUAUCCUACCGUCUGAGGGCGCAGAGUCACAUCCUCAACGGUGGCUUUUCCGAGAACCUACGUCUUCAUGGGCAGAAAAGAAGCUUCAUCGGGAAACAUGCUCAGCCAAUGAAAGAUGAAAAAAACAUCGGAUCCAAACAAGCAGAGUUCGAUUCCUGGAUUAGAGAGGUCUACACGAGAACCAGAGGGCGGGAACUUCCGGGGAAUUACAACCACCUUUUGCUUGCAGAGCUGUUCCAAGAGCUAUCAAGUCCUUGGGAGAGCAUUGCACGCAAACAUGUUGGCGAAGUCAACGAUCUUGUUCAGAGAUUCGUCAGCAAGGUUUUGGACAAGAUUGUGAGCGAAGAAAGUGUUAGAGCUGAGCUCCAUCAGUAUGUGAGCGAUGAGUUGGAGCGCCGCGCUCAAGAGGCAGAGAAAGAACUGGGAAAAAUCCUUGCUGAUGAACGGCGCGAACCAAUGACUUACAACCACUAUUACACUGACAAUAUUCAGAAAUCGCGCCAAUGCUCCAUGCGCAACUCUGUUCAGGCGACCAUGAAAGACGUCAUAUCGAAAGACUGGGGAGGAGUUGUGCAUCUCACCAACACGGAGUAUGACCGCAACGAGCUUCUCGACUCACUUGGAAAGCGUGUCGUAGUAGACAUGGAUGCGCAAGCGUGCGAAGAAGCUAGGGUGGGUCUGGAGGCAUACUACAAGGUGGCACGAAAAACCUUCGCGGACAAUGUCUGCCGACAAGUUGUGGAGCGCCACAUCCUGUCCAAGCUUCCACAUAUCUUCUCGCCGACAGUGGUGAUCGGAUUCUCAGACGAAGACCUCGUGCGAGUUGCCUCGGAGCCACAGAUCCGAAAGGAACGUCGCCAAAGACUGGCUAAGCUGGCGCAAGGCCUUGGGGAGAGCUUGAGAGGACUAAGGAAGUAG